AUGGCUCCCCUUUACAAGGCCGCAGCAGCAUUCUGCCUCGUCGGGCUGAGUUGGCUCCAGUCCGGGGCGAACGCCGACGCACAAUAUAAAUAUCAGGCAGUGCAAGUAGACGAAGACGCCUACUUGACAGUCCAGUUGGCCCGUAAUGGAAAAAUUUCAGCUAAGACCAGUUUAGUCGAAAAGGACGCUGAUACCGUCAGCGCCUUGGAGAAAAAAGUAAAUGCCAGCCAAAGUUCACCACAAGCCUCGUGCGAUGCAUUAUUAACAGGGAACCUUAAGACGGUCUUUUAUCACAGUUUCACAAACACUGAAAAAACAGACUAUCGCGCACUGGUGCAAGCAGCUCUGAAGACCGGACUUGAAGAAUUCGGCAAGACAUAUCCGCCAAACGCAUCGGAGUGGGAAAAGAUAUGGGAUAAGCAAAAUCUUCACAGCUUGUUGCACCUUCUCGGAGCCAACAGCACUAAAGUCGGCUGUGUCAUUGGAAACUGUGUAAAAACAGAAGCAGAAGAACAACAAACAACAUCUGUGCUUUUCUGUGAAUUAAGUCCUGCAGCAGCAGAGGACGAAGCCGUUUUUGGGUAA